AUGACGUGUUUUGAUGAUCUUAGUAUUGAUGUAUUACCAAAAAUAUUUGACUAUCUUACAUUUAUUGAACUUUAUCAAACAUUUUUUGGUUUACAAAAACGUCUCGAUAAUAUAAUUCGAGAUAAUUCAACAUGUAUUAUUUUAUCUGGUAUCGAUUUACAAUCGUUUCAAAUAAAAUAUUCUCAAUUAAAUUUCGAUAAGCUUCGAUCUAUUACAUUUAGAAAAAUGAAUCUUCUUACAUUACAUUCGUUUAUUGAAAAAUUACCAAUGAAACAACUUGAAUCUAUUACUAUUGGACGUUUUACUUGGCAUUAUUAUCCAAAAGAUUUAUAUGAACAAGUAUGGUCUAUCUUUAUGAAUAGUAUUUGUCCGAAUCGUCUGCGUUAUUUGAAUUUACCAUAUCAUAUACGUUAUUGGAAUAUUCAAAAACUUUCAUUUGAUUUUUUAAAUUUAGAAUAUGCGAAAUUAGAAUAUAUAUCAGUUACUCAAAUGUUAUUAUUUAUGAAUCAUACACCUAAUCUUCGUCGAUUUCAAGCUUGUCUCGAUGCUCCACAUAAGAAUCUUUUUUGUUAUACAAUUGUUCUUCUUCAACUUAAAUAUUUAACAUUGAAUCUUCAUGACGAAUGGUCAUUUGAACAAGUUCAACAACUUCUCAAUAUAUGUCCUCAUUUAAAACAUUUAAUUCUCAAAUUAGAAGCACAAAAAGACAAGAAAAUUAUGUUCGAACCAUCAACAUGGAAAAAAUUAAUUGAAGAGAAAUUAUCUCAUUUGAAAUCUUUACGACUUCAAUUGAAUUGUAUUGUUACAGAGUCAAACGAAAACAUUCAUAGUUAUCAAAAAUCAUUCAAUCAUGCCGCAUAUUGGCAACAACGACAACCGCACUUUCAAGUAACAAUCUAUAGAAUUCAACGUACAAAUUCUAUUUCAUAG